CACGCGGUGAGAAAUGUCAAGGCCAUUCACAUAGACAGCAAAAGCGGUGGUCUAAGUCACGUAGGCUAGAUUUAACUGUGCAGGAAAAGAAUAUCCGUCAUUGUCAACGCACGUGGCAAUGCACUCUGUAUUCAUGCAUUAUUGCAGACUAUAUUUGUAAACUUUAUUUGUGCUUUUCACCUGUUUGGAAAGGAGCACGCACUCAGGGAAAACAGAUGACGGAUGACAGACAUUGUCACCAGUGACGCCUCUCCAAUUUCAUAACAGAUUCGAGGCAAGAUUUGGCCACCAGUCAGUGGAGACAAAGUGUUUUUUGAAAUCAUAUCGGCAUAUAAUUGGGUUUGUCGCCAUGGCAGCGUCAAGACUUGUGAAUGUGAUCAACCUUGGACGAAUGGGGUUCAUGUCGGCCUACAGUGUCCAGAAAAACUUUGUACGUCAGAUAUUGGAUACAGUAGCUAGUGGUCAGAAGGUCUUUGGUCAGAAUGUCCUUCUCCUGGCAGAGCACAAUCCAGUGUACACCAUUGGUCUUCGGGACCAUACCUACACAGAGGACAUGGCUAGUGAGCUCCGCUCCAAGGGGGCUGAGUUCUAUAAGACCGACCGUGGAGGUCUGAUAACAUUCCAUGGUCCGGGGCAGUUAGUCGUUUAUCCUAUUCUCAACCUUCAUGAGUUUGAACCUAGCAUGCGCUGGUAUGUUGCAGCUCUAGAGAAGACCAUGAUAAAAACAUGCAAGCAUUUUGACCUAGAUGCCACAACAACAGAUAAUGUUGGUGUCUGGAUACAGGACAGGAAGAUUGGAGCAAUAGGUGUACACGGUAGCAGAUUUGUGACACACCACGGUAUUGCUCUUAACUGUAACACUGAUCUCACUUGGUUCAAACACAUUGUUCCGUGUGGAAUUGAGGGUAAAGAUGUGACAUCGCUGUCUAAAGAACUCCAGCAGCCUGUGCUAAUCAAGGACACUAUCAGUGCCUUCCUUCAGUCCUUUGAGCGAGAGUUUCAGUGUUCAUUCAGCUUUGCAUACAUGGAGGACUCGGACUUGGAUCUUAUCACUAAAGAGCAUUUUGUUCAUCAGGAAAAAAAGGUGGCCAUGCGUCCACAGUGGUGAAGUGUUCUGUGGGUUAAUUUGUGUGUAUGCGAAUCUCGAAUAACAAUGAGCAAUAUCUAUAGAGUACAAACAUACUGUGUGAUGAGGGGGUAUAGUGUACAGAAUGUUUAAUAGACAACAUAGCCAUUUACCUCUUAUAAGGGGGUAUAGUGUACAGAAUGUUUAAUAGACAACAUAGUCAUUUACCUCUUAUGAGGGGGUAUAUUGUACUGUUUCAAUAGACAAUAUACAGUAAAACAUCUUUAUAACGAAUCUCUGGGGACCAAGGAUAUUUAAUAGUACAGGGAAAAAAAAUGGUGACUACAAAGCCGUUUCCAAAAUGAAUGCAACAAGAAUAGUACGUAAUUGUAAAUGGGACCUCAUGGCUGAUACAUGUAACAAACACCGAAUUUGUUUGUCAAUCUUACCUGUGUUGGACACAGGUAUCGAUACAUUUGUAUACAUACAACUCACCAUUGUGCUAGAAGUCUGGCGUCACACAAGUAUUGCGACAUGCCCGAGGCCACUACAUUUUAUGGUUAAUAAUUAGCAUUGAUAUUUACCUGAGCGGACCUAGAAAAUGCUCUGCUAUUGGCAGUCAUUUGUUAUAUAUUUGCAAUUUUACAUACAAAUGAUAGGGCAUCUGGCAGGGAAUGAAAAACACAACGUUAUAGCCAUGAAUUUGUUGUAAGUGUGUUCGUUAUAAACAUGUUUUACUGUACUCGGUUACCUCUAAUGACUAAGAAUAUUUACCUGUUACCUCUAAUGAGUGGGUAUUUACUAGAUUACCUUUAACGAGGUGGUUAAUUAACUAAACAGAUUACUGGUACCUUUAACGAGGUGGUUUAAUUAACUAAACAGAUUACCUUUAACGAGGUGCUUUAGUUAACUACACAGGUUAUCUUUUAUUAGUAGGUAUUUUAACUAGACUAAUAACCUAAUGCCAUAUGUAUUAUAAAACAGGUGCCCUCUAUUGAGAAUCUUUAAACAGGUGUAUACAGCUGACUUCUAAUGACAGGUACAUAAUUUAUGUCCUCUAAACAUUUGACCUCAGGUGACUAUAAUAAACCUCAAACUAGAUGUCUGUAUCAAUACUUUUACUCCAAAUGAACUUGUAUAAUAGGACAAGAAUAGGAUAUCUAUUAUUUUUUGCUGAUACAAUACUUUUUUUUCAAAUUUUCAUCAUUAGAAUGAAAGGUCACAGUGACACUGAGGUCAUCACGACAAAAGGUCAUGCAGAGGUCAUCAGAAGAAAAGAUAACCCUGAGCCUCGAGUCAUCGGAAUGAAGUUACCAUUCUGAUGUUAUCUUAUAGAAGGUCACAUGGAGUUAACAGUAAGAGUUACACACUCCUAGUGUAAGAUCACACACAGAAGUCAAUAUGGUUUGAUUUCAAGUAACUACAAUGGCCACACUCAAUAUUCAUACUAUUCCAGUAUUGAGUGUCAUGGCCACGAAAAUAAGAUAAAAUACGUAUACUGUGUCAUUAUCUUUUUCGAAGGUGAAAUGUUGGAAUCUUCCAAACCUGUACAAUGUGAUUUCUGGUAGAUAGGAUAUCUGACCUACAUAUCAGCCAGUACACAUAGAAUUUAGAAUAGAUAUGACCUAGAUAGCGACUAGUAUGCUUGUAGUUUAGAAUACCCGCUCGUAGUUUAGAAUACCCGGUAGAUAUGACCUAGAUAGCGACUAGUACGCUCGUAGUUUAGAAUACCCGGUAGAUAUGACCUAGAUAGCAACUAGUACGCUCGUAGUUUAGAAUACCCGGUAGAUAUGACCUAGAUAGCGACUAGUACGCUCGUAGUUUAGAAUACCCGGUAGAUAUGACCUAGAUAGCGACUAGUACGCUCGUAGUUUAGAAUACCCGGUAGAUAUGACCUAGAUAGCGACUAGUACAGGUGUAGUUCAGAAUACACGGUAGAUAUGACCUAGAUAGCGACUAGUACAGGUAUAGUUUAGAAUACCCGGUAGAUAUGACCUUGAUAGCGACUAGUACGCUCGUAGUUUAGAAUACCCGGUAGAUAUGACCUAGAUAGCGACUAGUACGCUCGUAGUUUAGAAUACCCGGUAGAUAUGACCUAGAUAGCGACUAGUACGCUCGUAGUUUAGAAUACCCGGUAGAUAUGACCUAGAUAGCGACUAGUACGCUCGUAGUUUAGAAUACCCGGUAGAUAUGACCUAGAUAGCGACUAGUAAAGGCAUAGUUUAGAAUACCCGGUAGAUAUGACCUAGAUAGCGACUAGUACGCUCGUAGUUUAGAAUACCCGGUAGAUAUGACCUAGAUAAUGACUAGUACACUCGUAGUUUAGAAUACCAGGUAGAUAUGACCUAGAUAGCGACUAGUACGCUCGUAGUUUAGAAUACCCGGUAGAUAUGACCUAGAUAGCGACUAGUACACUCGUAGUUUAAAAUACCAGGUAGAUAUGACCUAGAUAGCGAGUAGUACGCUCGUAGUUUAGAAUACCCGGUAGAUAUGACCUAGAUAAUGACUAGUACGCUCGUAGUUUAGAAUACCCGGUAGAUAUGACCUAGAUAGCAACUAGUACGCUCGUAGUUUAGAAUACCCGGUAGAUAUGACCUAGAUAGCAACUAGUACGCUCGUAGUUUAGAAUACCCGGUAGAUAUGACCUAGAUAGCGACUAGUACCCUCGUAGUUUAGAAUACCCGGUAGAUAUGACCUAGAUAGCGACUAGUACAGGUGUAGUUCAGAAUACCCGGUAGAUAUGACCUAGAUAGCGACUAGUACAGGUAUAGUUUAGAAUACCUGGUAGAUAUGACCUUGAUAGCAACUAGUACGCUCGUAGUUUAGAAUACCCGGUAGAUAUGACCUAGAUAGCGACUAGUACGCUCGUAGUUUAGAAUACCCGGUAGAUAUGACCUAGAUAGCAACUAGUAAAGGCAUAGUUUAGAAUACCCGGUAGAUAUGACCUAGAUAGCGACUAGUACGCUCGUAGUUUAGAAUACCCGGUAGAUAUGACCUAGAUAAUGACUAGUACGCUCGUAGUUUAGAAUACCCGGUAGAUAUGACCUAGAUAGCGACUAGUACGCUCGUAGUUUAGAAUACCCGGUAGAUAUGACCUAGAUAAUGACUAGUACACUCGUAGUUUAGAAUACCCGGUAGAUAUGACCUAGAUAGCGACUAGUACGCUCGUAGUUUAGAAUACCCGGUAGAUAUGACCUAGAUAGCGACUAGUACACUCGUAGUUUAAAAUACCAGGUAGAUAUGACCUAGAUAGCGAGUAGUACGCUCGUAGUUUAGAAUACCCGGUAGAUAUGACCUAGAUAAUGACUAGUACGCUCGUAGUUUAGAAUACCCGCUCGUAGUUUAGAAUACCCGGUAGAUAUGACCUAGAUAGCGACUAGUACAGGCGUAGUUUAGAAUAGAUAUGACCUAGAUAGCGACUAGUACGGGCAUAGUUUAGAAAGUUACCUAGAUAUCAACACAGGUAGAUUAGUAUGUGUGAUUAUUGAAUGCCAUGGUUGAAAGUGUGGAGAACUAUUGUGCUGUUUGACUAGUUUUGUGUUGAAUUAUGCUAUGCUAGCAUGAUGAUGAGAUUUUGUAUUGAUACAAGCGGCAAUAUCACUUUGACUGAAAUAUGUCUUUGAGGCAUGGUGCUGCGUCUGAUGUCCGUCUGGCCUUCCAUCUGCCCAGCCAUCCUGCUGGUGUCAACUUUUCCAUUUAAACAUCUCCUCUGCAAUAACCAAGAGAUCCACAGACCGGAUAUUGAACUUAUGGAAUACUUGGAUGAAGAACUUUUAUGUUUGGUAUAAACGAACAACUUUGACAUAUUUUCAAGGUCAUAGGUGUCAAAUGUCUUUUUUAUUAGCUCACCUAGUCCAAAGGACCAAGGUGAGCUUAUGCCCUACCGUGGCGUCUGUCUGUCAACAAUUACCUUGGAAACAUGAUAACUGCAGUAAAUAUCAACCAAGUUUGAUGAAACUCUGUAUGUAGAUAUAUAUAUUGACAAGAUCUUGGACAAGUUUGAAAAUGGUCUGGAGAAUUAUUUGGCAGUGUUGUAUGUCGUAUAAAUGAAGAAUGUGACACCCUAAGGGUGGGAGAAAGGGGCCUAAUAGGGGUAAUGAAAUAGAAAAGAAAAAAAA